UCUGUGCAAAAAAAAAAUGAAAAAAUAAAUAAUAAUAUUUUAAUUAAUUAAAAAAAUUAUAAAAUAAAUAAUGUUGACAACUGCAACGCAGAAAAAAGUGUUGAAAACCAGUGUUUACGUGGAAAUAAUAAAAAUACAAUAAACUCAAAUUAAAACAAAUAAUUAAAAAAACAUGUCAAAGGAAAUUAUCUUAGUUCAUUUCCUCACCGCAAUUCUUGCACUACUCAUCUUUCGCGUGACGAACGGUCAAGAGUUUUGCUCUGCAAAUCAAUACAUAAAAUGUCAAAGUGAGGUAGAAAAUCAAAGUAACAUCUUGCUAACAUGGCCAACGACCCAAUCAGGCAACAUUGCGUUCUCGAAGCCUUUUUGUUUGGAUAAUAAUAUGAAUUCUAUCAUUCGGACUUGUUGCAACGGGCUUUGGGGUCAAGUUGCUGCCACGGGAAGUACGGACUGCGCCUUUUACGCUUAUGAUUUCAGUAAGAAGUGUCCUCAAAAUUACACUGAAGUCUAUUUGAGUCGGGAUAAGAUUUUGUGCAUCAUGGUGAGCAAAUAUUCGGCUUGGGACAAGAAAUGCUUAGACUCCGGGACACAAACGAGCUAUUUGGAUCUUAAAGCUGACGAAAAAGUAAAUGUCGAAAGAUAUUUGCGAGCAAAAGGCAUUACCGAAGCAUGGCUUCCUGCUAAGAGAAUGAGUCCUUUUGAACCUGUGGUAUGGAAACUGCCUGGAUGGAUGUGGAAUAAACCGAUAGAAUUCCAAGAUUACGUUGUUGAUAUCGAACCAGGAGCAAGAAUCGACAUGGAACAAUGCUUAAAGUUAGUUUUACGCGAAGGGACGAACGUUUCUGUAGCACUUGACGAUUGUUCUCGACUUUUACCCAGCUUAUGUGUCUUUGAUCAUUUAAAAUCGAUCAUUGAUACAGGAAAUUGCAUCAGUACUCGUGUCAAAGGACCUUCACAGGAUAAAUGUUACGCAAUUAGCAACAUUCCCGAUAACAUAACAGCCAUUGAGGAUCCCGUCACGAUAAAUGCCAGCGAAGUUUUUAUCGCAAACAGCGUUGAAAAGCUCUUGAUUUACGAACAACUGGCAAAACGUGGCGGUUUGAACAAAGAUAUGCGCUGCUUGGCUCAUUUCAUGAACGGAAGUCAAUUAUACGACAAUUUAGGACGUUGGAGUGUCCUUGAUCCAACUGGCAAAUGGGAGAGAUCGCCACAUUUUAACUGUAUCGCUACAGAAGUCGCUCGAAAACGUCAAACUCCCAAACUUUCCUUGAAAUUCAAUCCAGCUACAGGUAAACUAACACUCGAUAUCUAUUCAGCUGAGAACCUAUGGCGGGAAGAUAACCGAACAGCUGGUAUCAAAUGUUACACGAACGCCGAUUACGAACUGAUAAAAGUCAUCAAAGUCAAACGAAAGAUCUGGAGUGGCGUUUAUCGAUUUCAAGUUGGCAAUACGCUGAAAGAAGUAAACAAAGACAUUUACGACAUAAAACUCUAUGGGGAUGGUCCCGGAUACUAUUGGUGCGAAGGUCAUUCGAUUCCAGACUUUACUUUAGUUCAAACUGGCAAAGUUUAUGCGGCGCGUAAAGUAACAGGACUCACCUAUGCUAUUGCACUUCAAGUUCGUCUCGGAGUUCCGUUAGACAUUGAACGCGAUAAGAAACUUUUGAAAAACUUGGCAAAAGAAUACAGAGAUCAUAUCCGAGUAACUCACGAAUUAAAUACUCGUGAUAUGCGAACUUUAGCUCAUCGUAUCACCGCAGUUCGACCCAUGAAGAUCGAAUCUUAUGAUAUGUUAACUCUCGUGACGAAAUUCAUCUUUCAUGUAACUGUGACGACAAAUCUAACGGAGAUUGAGUUGAUUGAAGCUAGUUUCGGGCCUGUUACUGAAGGAACUGUUAGUUUGAACAGCUCUACUGGGAAUUUGGAUAACGAGAUGCCAGUUCAUAUAAGAGAGUAUUAUGAAACGAAGGCAAAGCUACAUACUUUGUUAUUACAAGCCAAUAGUUUCAAAUGGACCUAUACUUCAUUGAACAGCACAGAAUACUGCUUACCAACCUUAGAUUCUCCUGAUGAGAAGUAUCACUGGAUUAGUGCUCACAUUGGGGAACGAACUUUAUCUAAAGAGCUCUGUCUUCGCCCUAAUGGACUUCCGCUCGCUCGGAAAUGCUUAGGAGACUUUAUCUAUGGAGGUACUUGGGAUACAAUUGAUUUCCCGAACGUCGAAUGUCUCUCAGAUGUAACUGAUAUUACAAAGACCCUUUACGAAAUCGAUAAGCUACCGAUAUCAUUAGCUUCGGCUCAUGCAACGAUGGGCGCCAUGUCAGAAAUGACCGAAAACUCCUCAACUGUCAUUCCGAGUGACGUUUAUUUCCUCGGCAAAACCAUUCAAACAAUGUCAAAGCUUCCAGAUGAUACCAUAGGAGUUGUUAGCAUCGCCGAUACAAUGUCAUAUUAUAACAAUUUGGCUCAAAUUCUAAACAACUUAAUGGCCGUUAACGAGACAAUUGUCGAAAAGUCUGCGAGUAAUUUGAAUGCGACAAACAUCCUUUUAGACUCGUUCGACAAUUUGAUUAAUCAGUUCUCGGAUGUCGUUUUAUUGGAUAAUCAGGGCAAACAAAGUGAGGAUGGUACCAUGUUACUUGUGACACCGCGUUUAAUGGUCUUCAUUGCGGAGCCAAAUGUAAGCGGAGGUAUUUCGGGCGUUGGAAUUGUGAGGAAAAACUUAUCUGAUCCCGAACCUACGACUUUUGACGAAUACGAAAUCAUUAAGAUUCACGCAAAUUCCUCCGUGGAAAGUCUUUUAGCUACAGAAGGACUUGAGCUGGCGACUUUUGCCCCGCAAGAGUUGAUAAAUCGCGUAGAUGAAAUGGAUUUUACGGGAGUAGAUAUUUCAGCUGAUCCUGAAUUACGAACUUUAGCCCAAAAGAAACCUCUGAGAGUGGUUAUUACAAUUUACUUUAAUGAUCGACUAUUUGUCGAAACUGGCUCUGAAGCAACAAAUCAUCAGAAAUCCAAUACAAAAGUUGUUAGUGUUUCACUUCCAGGGAGAAGUACAGACCUGCCUGUUUUGUUUCCGACAGUUUUCAGACAAUCCGAGGAGGAAGAAGUUCCCAAUCUCAAAGGAAAAUGUGGGUAUUGGGAUUUUCAGUCGUACGAAGUAGAUAAACAAGGCAAAUGGUCUACCGAAGGUUGUGAGUAUUUGGGAAAAUCUGAGACUGAUGAUCGAUUAAUUGCCUGUGGAUGCACUCAUUUGACACAUUUUGCGUAUUUAGUAAUGGGAACGCAUUUUCAUUCAAUGGAUGACAUUGAGGAGCAUCGAAUAACUGAAGCUAAGCAUGCAGAAGCUCUUGAUUUUAUAACUUUUAUCGGGUGUUCCUUGUCUCUAAUUGGGAUUUUAGGAAUCGCAGUUACCGCAGUUGCUUUUAAAUCGUGGCGAGAAAAGCCAGGGACGAAAGUUUUGUUGCAUCUGAGUGCAGCAAUCGCUUUGGAAAUGAUUCUUAUUGCUUAUGUAAACACUGAGGCAUUGAGUAAGAGGCUCGUUUUGGAAAAUGCAACUUUGAAUUGUGUCAUUUUAGGUGCUGCAAUGCAUUAUUCAAUACUCGUUGUUUUUUCAUGGAUGCUAAUUACAGCAUUUUUGCAAUUUAUGCGAUACGUAAAGGUUCUUGGAGAAACUAGACCUCCCAGAUUCUUGUUAAAAAGCUCACUGAUUGGAUGGGUUAUCCCUUUAAUUCCUGUCUUGAUAAUUGCUUUUGUCGAUCCAAUGGCUUAUGUGCCGCCUACUGAAGCUCUUGUCCCCGGGAUUUGUUACCCAAAAGGUAAUGCGCUGAUUUUUGGUCUUCUCGUUCCGAUUGGACUAAUUGUCCUUGGUAACUUAGUUGUCUUCAUUAUCGUUAUCUACAACAUCUUUCGUAUCCCCGAAGUUCAUAUCAGAACGAAUGAACGAGACUUGCUCGUUUCCCAACUGCGACUUUCCAUUAAUUUGUUCUUCCUGUUGGGUCUUUCGUGGAUUUUUGGACUUGCAACUGUCUCAAAGGCGGGAAUUUUGUUCUCAUAUCUCUUUUGUCUGACAGCUACGUUGCAAGGUUUCGUUCUUUUCAUUUAUUUUAUCAUCAUGGAUCCGAUGACGCGUAAAUUUUGGCAACGAGUACUCGCAAAUCUCGGCUUCAAUUGCGUCGAAAAGUCGAAGGAGUUUGAAUGACCCAUGUCGACAAGUUGUCGUACGACUUCGAUGAGUUGUCGCAUGACAUCGAUUGAGAUUCAGUAAAUUUUAUUAUAUUUUUUUUAUCGUAGGAUGCAGGAGAUAAAAUAGUGCAAAGACAAAAAUUAGAAACGAAGUGGAAAUUUUUAUAAAGUGUGAUGAUAAAACGUAAAAUUUUGUAAACUGAAAUUCUUUCAGAAAGAAAUUUUAGUAAAAAUUCAUAUAAAAUUAACAAAGCCAAUUUAAAGGCAAAUAUAAAUAAUGAAAUUUUUAAAAAACGAAAAGUGUAAUUAAAUUGUGAUUCAACAAAGAAAUUUGAUCAAAAAUCGACUAAAUUACAAAAAUUAAAUUUUGUAACAUUUUUGGCCUAAAGUUUACUUUAAACUGAUGAUAAAAAUUAAAAACACAUCGAAUUUAGAAAAAAAAAUUAAAUAAAAAA